GAGGACCAAAAACAACUCGGCACAGUGCGCGGUGGCUACUUCUCUCUGUAGUUACUUUAUACGAAGUCCAUGCCGCACACCCGGAAAGUCUUGGACGUGUUGUUCGAUUCGUAGCCUAAAUAUAAACGCAGACCACCCCGUUUGCAGGACGGCGCUUAGGAUAAGACACUCUCUUAUACAGUGCUGGAGAGGGCGAUUUGGAAGUAGGGCGAGUCGACAGAGAGCAGUAGAUUGUCUAGCCCCCAAAAUAAAACAUAGCGGGAACAAGGGGCGUUAAAAACUACGGAAGGAUUCCUCGAGGAUGGAGGAGGACUCCCUAGUCAAGCCCUCGGUGGCGGAGUUGGCGGGAAGGUUCAAAGGUCAUGCUCUGCCCAUGCCCACUGCAGUUGAAGGGAGCAAGCCAGUUCGGAGAAGGCCACCCCGCUCCUUGCAGCUUCAAACCAAGACAGACGGGGGAGAGGGCGAGGAAGAGAAGCCUGCCGUCACCUCCCCUCACCCUCCCAAAGUGAAGCCCAAGAACUCUCCUCUCAUUGAGAAGCUGCAGGCAAAUCUGGCACUGUCUCCCACAGCCCUCCUGCCCUCGCCAAAGAGCCCCGGGGUGAAGCUACAGCCCUCGCCCCCUUUCUCCCUCAGCCCCCCCUGCAGCCCCCUCAGCGCCCCCCUGCGGCCUCCACAGCGCCAGCUUUCUGUGGAGGAGGCACCCGCCAGCUUUGAGAAGCCGGCAGAGGGCGGUGUGCUGCCCAGCAUCAAUAAGAGCAGAGCUCGGGGAUCUGUGAAGCGACGACCCCCCACGCGACAGCACAGGAAGUCAUGCGGGGAUGAAGGAGGGGCAGGAGGAGGGUCGACACCCUCCCCUGAGCCGGAGUGCCAAAAGCAGAACGGGGACGAGGAAGAUGUGUUUGAGGAGGGGGCGAAGGAUGCCGUGGAGAGUCAGGAGACCUCCUCCCCUUCUCCUGGAGCCGGGGACACGAUUCAUGGGAAAGACAGUUUAGGGAAGCUGGUGGAGGCGGAUGCCAGAACACCGGACGAAGCUGGGAAAGAUGGCACCCGGGACGCUGAGAAGGCAGCGGUGGCCAAAGAGGAAGCAAGGGAGCCAGGGGAGGAGGUGCCAGGCGAGUCCCAGGCUUCAGGCGGACCUGCAGAGGCCCUGAAAGAGCCAGAGGGACAGAUAGAAGCACGGACAGACCCGGAUGGAGCAGCAGAUAGCAACCAGGAAGAAGAGCCAAAAACAGAGACUAUGGAAGCACAAGAGGGAGAGAAAGAGAAAAGCACUGAGGAGGAGAAGCAAGAAAAGUCUGGAAUCACUGCAGACUGAAAGACACACAAAGGUUACUACUGCUUCAAGAAACCAAAAACCAGUCUGAACACUGAAAGGGCCGUGUUUCAUCCAGCAAUGGCCUCUGCCUUGUCCUGCCCCAUUGCUCUACAACAGCCCCCACCCCCUGCCCAAGCGCGCAACCCCAGAGAGAUAUAGAGGGUGACAGACUCUGCACUCUGGCUGUGGUUUGUCACUGUGACUGGACUCUCGUUGGCCAGUUUUUAUUUUUUUGCUAUUUCCCAAUCGGAAACUGCAGCUGCACUGAACAUUUUGCGAACGCUGAACCCGUAACGCUUUCUUGGAAACCCUUGUUUAUACCAGAUGGGUCAACACACGGAAAUCAAUGCAAUGACCAUACUGUACAAAGCUUAAACACAAAACAACUGUUGCAUAUAUCUGUACCUUACCAUAGCGGCAGUGCUGUUCAUGGUCUAAUACAACCGUGUACAUUUGUGAGAAUGUUGUGAGGAUCCACCUGUCAAGAGCCCCAGACUGAAGAGCCACUGGUGCCAUUUGAAAUACUAUAUAAGAAUAUAGACAAUCAAUGCUUUUAGCCAAAUGUAUCAUUUUAUGGGUGUUUGUGUGACUACUGGACAUUUCAUCAGGUGGUAUCUUGUACAAGAGAGGAUAGCCUGAAAGAGCUUUGAUGUUAUGAGCUGCAGUAUGAUUUAACAUGUUCUGCUCUGUUUUGUUGGCUUAGUCCAUUGUGCGGGGUAAACCAGCACUGCCACUGUGUCAAUAAACUCACAGGUUUUUGUAGGAAUAAUUUAUUUGAUGUGCGUUGCAAAACAAAGAGUCAAAACCACCAUACGCGUCUGGAAUAACUUAUUUCUGUUGCCUAGCAGCUCUUUUGCAUAUGAAUUUCUUUAGCAUCUCCAUCAAAGAGGAAUGCUGUUAUGUCCUCUGAUGACUCGACUGGGAUGUGAUGUUAAAAUGCCCACCGUGCAGGGAAUUCUGGGAGCCAAAGGAGCAUCCUCCAGAGUCAUAGAUCCACUUGUUCAUGCAAAAAACCCAGAUACAAUUUUACUUUCCACUUCAGAAAGACUAAUAAUGAACGAUCAUGUCUUAAAUCAUCCAACACAUUUAAAUGUAGCCACCAGUCAACUACUCACCUGUAAGAGUUGCAGAGCUUCUGUGUGUUUAAAAUUCCUCUUGUCUUGUGGUGAGUAAAAAUAAUUUGCCACGAUUCAUUGGUUAAACUGUUGACCGCACAUAUUUUUCAGACAUUGUGGUGGUGUGAAAUUCUGAGCCCAAGCCUGUAGUGUGGACUAGUGCCAGACCUAAUCAACAAAAAAGUCAUUUGUGGGAUAGCUGGGGUUCGUCACAUGAACAUUUUUAACAUUUCUUUCAUGACAGUUUUUUCAUAAGUUUCUUUCUGUUUUCUUACAGAGACUCGUAUUCCUCAACAUCAAAAAUCUUUGCUCCAUGGAGCAACGAGUCAAUAAGUUGCCAAUACUCAAUGUAAUGUGGAGUAGAUGCUUUGCAAAACCCAGAAUCUUUAUAGCUAAAGACAGAGAUGCAUUUUAAACAGGUACAGCAAGCUGCAACACAGCUGCAACAAGUUGUUGCACCGAACAUGGAGACAGAUUUCCCAUUUUUAGUGAAAAGGCUACUGUAUGUUCCCCUCUCAGAAUUUAUCUUGAUAAUUACAAAUAGCUUUUUUAUGCAAAAAAAAACAUGUUUAGAAAAUGCUGGAGCAUAUAUGAUGUUU